AUGUCGAAUAAGAAGAUCGAGCAAUGGGAGAUUGAGCGGUAUUGGGAGAUCUUCUCCUCGCUCUCGAAUGGCCAGUCACACCUGAACAGUUCGCAGGCUGCCUCGGUGCUGCGCAACAGUGGCCUGCGCGAUGAACAGCUGGAGAAGGUCUGGGAUAUUGCGGACGUGGACGGCGAUGGCGAGCUGGACUUUGAGGAAUUCUGCGUCGCGAUGCGCUUAGUGUUCGACCUUGUCAAUGGCGAGCUCCAAGAAGUCCCGCCCGUGCUGCCAGACUGGCUCGUCCCCGAAUCCAAAUCACAUCUCGUCCAAGCCACGCGGGCAUUGCACCGCCCGGAACAAUUUGAGCGGAUAGAGGAUGAGGACGAAUCUCUAGGAUUGAAAGAUGGAUUUGACUGGUACAUGAAGCCUGCCGAUAGGUCGAAGUACGAGGAGAUCUACAACUCCAGCCGAACCCAACGAGGCGAUAUUACAUUUGAAUCUCUACAACCACUCUACGAGUCCCUCGAUGUCCCAGACACCGACAUCCGCUCUGCAUGGAACCUCGUCAACCCCUCCGCAUCCCAAGCCAUCAAUAAAGACGCCACCCUCGCAUUCCUUCACAUCCUCAACUACCGCCACGAGGGCUUCCGCAUCCCGCGCACCAUCCCAGCCUCCCUGCGAUCUUCCUUCGAGAGCAACCAGAUCGACUACCAAAUCGAUAACAAUGCCCGCCCCGCACAGCGCUGGGGCGCCGACGGCAGCCAGGAGACAAGAACCGGCCGCAAGGCCAAGUUCGGCGAUACUUAUCUGAGCCGAUUGGGCGUUGGCGGCAAAGGCUCGUAUCAACCCAAGGGCACGGACUUUAGCGAAACGAUUCAGGACGAGGAGUGGGAGAAGGUUCGGCUGCGCCGGGAGCUCGCUGAGAUGGAGGCUAAGCUGCAAUCCGCUCGAGAGGCAUCCGAGACUCGACGUGAUCGGCCGCGUAAUGACGGCCGACCUAACUGGGUCUUGAUCAAGAAGGAGGCACUUCAGCUGCUCGAGUACAAGGAGCGGGAGCUCCGGGAGCUGCGAGAGGGUGUUGGCCGGGCGAAGGAUGGCCAGGAUUUGGAACGGGCGCGGGAGGAUGUUAAGACUGUGGGUGAACAGGUUGAGAGUUUGAAGAGUCACCUUUCUCAGCGGCAGGGUGUCCUGGCUGAUCUCCGCCACGAGAUUGAAGAGGAGAGGUCUCGACGCUGA